GUGAGGCAGCAGCAGCAGACGCUCAGUGCUGCUGUCAGUGUGCGGAGCGGAGGAGGAGGACCGACGGCAUGCCUCAGCUCCGGGAAUAUAUAUCUCCCCUCAAUCUCUCUCUCUCAAGCACGCUGCUUUUUUCUCCUCUUUUCCUGCAUCGGGUUCACUUUGACCUGCGUCCUUUCUUUAGCAGAAGGCGAUAAGGAAAGCCAGCCGUGCGUCAUGGCGUCUUUGCGCAUUUUUUCUGGAUCUUUAAAAAAAAAGUGAUUUAUUUUGACCGGACUAAAAUGAAGUGUUUUUUCUGUGUGGAGGAGAAGAGAGGCAGCGUUUCGAAGCUCGUCUCUCUGUGAAUAUUUGGCCGCAGCUGCUGGUGAUAUGCGUGAAGCCACUGAAUGAAUCUGUGCUCUCUAAAGGGAAACAGGGUUGCAGUAAGCGGCUUUUCUCCCCCUGAUUCCCCUCCGUCUCUGACAAUGUGUCAAGUCCAUCCACCACACCGGAUCCCGUUGAUUUGCAAUGGUUUCGCUUUUUUUCUUUUCCAGGAUUGAUUUUUUGGGAUUUUUUUGGAUUCACAGUGAAGGCUCACGCUGCAGAGUUAAAUGCUGGAUCUAUAUUUCAGCGAACAUUUUUGGCUGUAAAAAUGCUGAGCUGCGUCCUCUUGCUGAGCGUCCUCACUGUCACCAGUCUGUCACCGUCUGAAACGGAGAGCCGCAAAACUUCCGCCUCCAAAGAGAUCUGCAAGACCCGCUGCGCCUGUGAGGAGCGGGAGAACAUUCUGAACAUCAACUGUGAGAAUAAAGGAUUUACCACCGUCAGUCAGUUCCAGGCGCCCCCAAAUAAAAUCUCUCAGCUUUUUCUAAAUGGAAACUUCCUGUCACGGCUCAGUGCCAAUGAGUUUGUCAAUUAUGGCAAUGUCACCUCACUGCAUCUGGGGAAUAACGGCUUGCAGGAGAUCCGAACCGGAGCUUUCAACGGGCUGCGCUUCCUGAAGCGGCUCCACUUGAACAACAACAACCUGGAGGUGAUUAAAGAGGACACAUUUGCAGGACUGGAGAGUUUAGAGUAUUUACAGGCAGACUAUAAUUAUAUCAGCGCCAUAGAGCCGGGUGCUUUUAGUAAGCUGAAUAAGCUCAAAGUGUUGAUCCUAAAUGACAACCUGCUGUUGUCUUUGCCUCCCAACAUUUUCCGCUUCGUGCUCCUCACCCACUUGGAUUUACGUGGCAACAGGCUCAAAAUGCUGCCGUUUGCUGGGGUUUUAGAGCACAUAGGCGGCAUCAUGGAGAUCCAGCUUGAGGAGAAUCCGUGGAAUUGCACCUGUGAUCUGAUUCCCCUCAAAUCCUGGUUGGACACUAUUUCUGUCUUCGUGGGGGACAUAGUGUGUGAGACACCGUUCAGGCUGCACGGUAAAGACAUCACGCAGCUCAUAAAGCAGGAUCUGUGCCCUCGCAGGAAUGCUGGGGAGCGCGUUCACCCCCCUUCCGACUCUCACUUUCAAGGGGCCCUGCCCCCGACCUACCACCCCGGCAUGAUCACCCCCACCCGUGCCCCGAAAGCUUCCCGCCCGCCCAAAAUGCGCUACAGGCCCACCCCGCGCAUCACAAAGGACAAACAUGUCUUUGGACCUAUAAUGGUUUACCAGACAAGGUCCCCUGUGCCCAUGUUAUGUCCCACUGUGUGUGUGUGCACGUCACAAAACCCUGACAGCGGAUUGAACAUCAAUUGCCAAGAGCGAAAGUUGCACAACAUCAGUGAGCUGAACCCCAAGCCCUCCUACCCAAAGAAACUCCACCUGACCGGCAACUACUUACAAGUGAUUUACAGAACUGAUCUCACUGAGUACAGCUCACUGGAGCUGCUUCAUUUAGGAAAUAAUAGGAUAGCAGUGGUUCAGGAAGGUGCAUUCGAGAAUCUAACCAACCUCAGACGGCUCUAUCUGAAUGGGAAUUACAUUGAAUCACUCACUCAAUCACUCUUCGCUGGCCUGCAGUCGCUCCAGUAUCUGUAUUUGGAAUAUAACAUUAUCAAAGACAUUUUACCACAAACAUUUAACUCUCUGCAUAACCUUCAGCUGCUUUUUUUGAACAACAACCUGUUAAGAUCGCUCCCAGACAAUGUUUUUGGGGGCACCAUGCUAACACGACUCAACUUGAGGAAUAACCAUUUCUCCUACCUUGCAGUUCGAGGGGUCCUGGACCAGCUUUCAGCAUUUAUCCAGAUCGACCUGCAGGAGAACCCCUGGGACUGCACCUGUGAUAUCGUUGCACUCAAAAACUGGAUGGAGCUAUCCAGUACCAGCGUAGUGGUAAACGAAAUCACGUGUGAUUCACCCUCAAAACAUGCAGGUCGUCUGCUGCGCUCACUUCGCAAUGAGGCCAUCUGCCCUGAGCCCAGCGAGGUGCCCCCACCACAACAUGCACCCCCUACAAAAGCCCCCACAUUAAUAAGCCCUGGCACCGAAGCCACCACACCUUCCUCUUCUUCUUUUAGCUCAGUCAGCCCCACAGAAUCCCGAAUCCACACUCCCGAGUUGCACCCUGAGGUCCCACUUUCAGUCCUGAUUCUUGGACUUCUUGUUGUUUUCAUCCUGUCGGUCUGCUUUGGCGCAGGCCUCUUUGUUUUUCUUCUGAAACGACGCAAAGGAGUGGAACAUGUCCCCACAGGCGCUAACAACUUAGAUCUCAACUCUUUCCAAGUGCAAUAUGGCUCCUACACUCCUGAACCAAUCCAAGACAAAACCACUGAAAGCCACGUUUAUAACUACAUCCCUCCACCUGUGGGCUCUAUGUGCCAAAAUCCUAUUUACAUGCAGAAGGAUGGUGAACAGAUGGCGUAUUACCGCAACCUGAAGGAGCUCAGCUUUGGGCCUCUGGACGCAAAGAAGGAUGUCCUCACCUGCAGCCCAGGGGCCUACACCAUCAGCACAAUGGAUUUUAUGGAUAAAUCUCCAACAUCCUGCGGUUUGACCACCCCAGAACCUCCUGAGAUGUUGUAUCAAAAUUUAGGGGAGAGGCCCCACAAAGAGCUUCCCAUGGCUGCAGGCGCACCCCCUUUCCAUUACAACUUUUGCACUUUACCUAAGAGACCUUGCAUCGUGCCCCCCUAUGAAGCCGCUACAGCCCGGCGGCACAUCACCAACCAGGACAGGUUGAACAAAACUGUGCUGUACGGGACCCCCAGGAAAUACUACGGGGCUGAACACCCUUCGAGAAACAAUGAGCACCCGCUUCUGCUCCCUGGGAAGCUAAAAAAAGAACCAGACUACCUGGAGGUUCUGGAGAAACAGACAGCGAUGAGCCAACUGUAAGAUAGUGCCCCACCCAUCUCACCUCCCCCAGGUUCUGUGCACCAUUCAUAAUAAUUACGCAGUUACUGUAAUAAUAGCCCUCUCUAUAUAUCUAUGUUAUCUAUCUGUGUUCAAUCCUACAUGAUUAACUGGAGGCCAAACGAGUCCUUUGGUGAUCGUUUUCCUCUCUUCCUUUUCUUCUCUUCCUUUCUUUUCAAGAUGUAUAAAAGGAGAAUAAGAAGUAUAUUAUUAUGCACUUCUAUUUUUUCUCCUGGAAGGUAUAUAUUAUUUCUUCUUUUUUGAAAAAUGAAAUUCCAAAAGACUUUGACGACGGCAGGUAUACAAUGGGCAGGACUGUGUACAAUUGCGGCUUUGUGCUUUUCAUGAAACUGUAUUUUAUUUUCCCUGUGAAAAACAGAAAACGUAUGAAAUCACUAUUCUUUGUAGAAGAGUACAUGCUACAGAUUUACAUUCCUGUACAUACUUAGCAUACAUAGAUAAAUGGUGAGUGUUAAACAAUGAAGAGACCUUUUCAAAAUCCAACAAGCGGCAAAGCCUUCCCAUACCUAAUCCAGAAAGUGCCUUUGCACUCAACUAUUUUAUCAAUAAUGCUCUCUGCAAAAUGGAAAUGUUCCUUUUUUGAAAGUGCUGUAUUUUAAAGAAUCAAAUCUUUAUGUAAAAUAGAGACUUAUUUGUCUGUUUAAAAAGAAAAAAAAGAAGAAAAAAAAGAACUUGAGACUGGGUGUAAAAUGAUAUGAGUUCUUGAUGGUAAGAAAAUGUUAUUUUGCUUUGAUUAUGAAGAGUGUUUGGAGAUGUACAACUUAUAGAGAAUAUUGUAUGCUAUAGGGGAGCAAUGGAGCGCGGCGAAAUUGCGCCAUUAAACUUUCACUGAAGCACUUUGUCAACAUUCUGAGCAUGAGGUACAUUUUGUUUACACUGUGCUUGAUUGUGUUGGAUGUGUGUUGAUGUGUGUGCUAUGGACUGCUCUCCAGUGUGUCUAAUGUGUGGUGGGAGCCAGAGAAAAUGAAAAUAGAACUUGCCUGAAGCUGACACAUUAUUUCGAAUUUUUCACCAAAUUCUCUCACCUCCCCCUGAAAUAUCCACUCCAUCCAUCUGAUGGUGCACAGACAACACUGUUUGAUGUGGAGGGUCAAUAUCUUUCUUCCAGUGAGGAUGUGUCAAAAUAUCACCAAUUACAGUAAAGGGAUUGUGAGAUAUGUAGCUUGAAAAAUGUGGCAUUUUUUUUAACAACUGCAGCUUAUCAUUGUAGUCUUACAAGAGAGAAGAAUUGUCAUUAGUAUAGCAAUUAACUGCAGUGAAUUGCCCCUUGUGGAUAAGCAGUAAAAGGAAAUGUGGUGGUGAUGAGAAUGGAGGGUAGUCUGCAGUCAAGAGUAGAAAUCCUGUCUCACAAAAUGCAGUAUUCCUCCUGCCGUUUAAAAAUGACACCAGUUAUGUUGAUUGAAAAAAAGCAGCAUUUUUUAACAACAGCUGCUUCUCUGGCAUUGAGAUCUUACAGGGGACAAUAAUUGCCAUCAUUAUGGCAAAUGAAAGUCAUUGAUUGUGGAUAAGCAGAAAAAGAAAAUGUAGUCUGCAGCAGAAAGAGCCCCGACUCUGCCAGACACCAUUUUGAAAGGAAAUACAGCACUUCUUUGCAACCUGCUGUUCCAAAAUAAGUUGCAAGUUUGUGCACGUGUGCGUAUUAUCAUCCACUGUGCCGAGGCCUGUCUUCCUGUCUUCCCCAGCCGUGUGACAUGAAUGAACUGUGCUACCCGCUCUAAUGCUAAUUUUGUUUUCUGUCCUUCGACUCAAGUUGACAUUGGCUCUUUGUAUCCUCUGUGAAUGGCCUCCCAGUGGCCAAACCCCCCCUCCCCUCCCAUUUCCCUUUUGUAUGCCCAGCGCCCUCCUACACCUCCUCCUGUCUUUUGUUCUUGUGUUCCCCCCCCGUUGGAUCUCCCCUGGCUAUUGUGUAGCUGUCCAAGGUGCUGAAACGUUGCCGGCAACAGAGCAGAAUUCCAGUCUGACGGCUGGGACUGGGAAGCCCUACGCUAAGGAGACGAGUGAGUUCAUUUUUUGAGAGUUAGGUUGCAAAGUCUGUGAGUAAAAAAAAUUGUCGGGACUUUUUGUUUUGCUAAAAAUCCUUUUCCCAAAGAAUAGUCUAAGCUUGAGGGUUUUGGGGGAUCCCUAUUGCAGGUAAGCUGGUUGUAUCUGCUGAUCUUAAUCUUUGUGUCGGUCACUAUAUGGGUCCACUGAAGGAAUACAGCACAUUGGAAACAGUCACUUGGUGGCUUUUUGUGAAACUCUCCACCACCUGUUACGGUCUUCCUUUGCUUCCUCCAGUAUUCCUUUGCUCCUUUUGAAAACUGGUCUUCUGAAGACUGUGAAUGCAGUUUAAAGCUCCCAAGAUGUUUUGGCAGAUAUGUGGGUUUUCUAUUGAUACAGAGAAUUUGCUUUGUAACUGUUCCUUAUAAGCGAAUGUCGCUGUUCUUUGUAGUGUUCUUUGAGUUAACAGUUAAAAGAUCAUUAUGAUGUAUCUAUAAUUCAGCCUUAUUUUCUUGAUGUUAGCCAUUAUUCGUUAUGUUUACGACUUCAUUGUACUCACCAAUCUGAUCGCUGUAAUAUUGGAAGGGUGAUGUUGCCUCAAGAAACAUGAGCAGCCAAAUAAAUUUGCUCAGAUUAUACAACAGGUGAUUACAAUUGUAGCAAAUAGACAGCACCAUGAAACUUCCCCAGUUGAUUCAUUAUAUGAAUACAAAUAUGUCUUGGGUUACAAGUCGUCCUAAGUUUUAUGUUUAUAUAAAUGUGGCAUUUUUCUUAUCAAAUAUGUGCUAAUCUGCACACAUUUUCAUUCCAGAAAUCUUUAAAUUGGAUAAAGUCAGGUUCUAAAUUCAUGUUUUAUUUUUGUUGAAAUAUUAGUCAAAGAUUUUUACAGAAGGAAUUUGUAUCUCUUUGUAUCACUGCAUCAAUCAGAAAAUACUGUCAACAGCCAUACAAAAAUACAUUCACCAUGUUU